AUGUCCUUCGCUGAGCAACAAGUGACCAGGAAGCCGGGCCCUCUCCGAAAUGCCGAGCCCAGAGGUCUUCCAGCCAGCACAGGUCUUGCUUGCAGCAUCUCCCCCCUGACGACGCCAGCCUCCUGCGGUUCCGUAUCCACAACGACCGGAAGCUCUGAGGGCACCCCGGAACUGCAGGAAACUCCCGAAACUCGGGAGCUGGAGCGCCUGCCGUCCACCAGGUCUAAGCCUCGAAAGGCAACGAAGUCCACGGCCUUGGCAGCCUCUUUCCUUCAACAGCACGACUACCUUCACGUCAAUGAUGUGAAGUCGUCCUGGGGCCGCAAGAGCUACCCUUUGCACACCGCGGUGCGGCAGAACCAGCCAGCAACCGUCCGGGCACUCCUCGAGCUGGGGGCUUCGAGAAAAGCCCUCAGCCGCGGCUUGACGGCCGAGGAGUCUGCGCGGCGCUACGAGCGCAGAUGGGGUGGCUACUCGGAAGUCCUGUCGGUCUUCGACGACUUCAACGUGACGUUUGUGACGGCGCAGGAAUGUAGUGUUUCCACGACUACGGACUCGACAUCUGAGUCCGAGAAGCAAUCGGAAGGCAGCACGCGUUGCCGCCGCAUGGUUUUGUAA